AUGGCCCUGGCUACAGCGUUGGAGGGACAGCUACAACUAGAGGUUGCAGGGGUCCCCCUGCAGGCUAGCACUGUGGACAACUGGAGCCACAUCCAGAACUUUGAGGCCAAGCCAGAUGAUCUCCUCAUCUGUACCUACCCUAAAUCAGGGACCACAUAGAUUCAGGAAAUUGUGGACAUGAUUGAGCAGAAUGGAGAUGUGGAGAAAUGUCAGAGAGCCAUCAUUCAACACUGCCAUCCUUUCAUUGAGUGGGCUCGGCCGCCCCAGCCCUCUGGGGUGGAAAAAGCCAAAGCAAUGCCCUCUCCACGGAUACUAAGGACUCACCUUCCAACUCAGCUGUUGCCUCCGUCUUUCUGGGAAAACAACUGCAAGUUCCUUUAUGUAGCUCGAAAUGCCAAAGACUGCAUGGUUUCCUACUACCAUUUCCAAAGGAUGAAUCAAAUUCUUCCUGACCCUGGUACCUGGGAAGAGUAUUUUGAAACCUUCAUCAGUGGAAAAGUGGGCUGGGGUUCCUGGUAUGACCAUGUGAAGGGAUGGUGGGAGAUAAAAGACAGAUACCAGAUUCUCUUCCUCUUCUAUGAGGACAUAAAACGGGACCCAAAGCAUGAAAUUCAGGAAGUGAUGCAGUUCAUGGGAAAGAAUUUGGAUGAAACAGUGCUAGAUAAGAUUGUCCAGGAGACAUCAUUUGAGAAAAUGAAAGAAAAUCCCAUGACAAAUUGUUCCAUAGUUCCUAAACCUAUCCUGGACCAGUCCAUUUCCCCCUUCAUGAGAAAAGGAACUGUGGGGGAUUGGAAAAACCACUUCACUGUGGCUCAGAAUGAGAGAAUUGAUGAAAUCUAUAGGCAAAAGAUGAAAGGAACAUCAAUAAAUUUCUUCACAGAACUCUGA